AUGGACAAUCCCUUCAGCUCAAUUGUGCCACCAGCACCCAACCUCUCCGCACCCAACUCGCUGGGUUGGGGUCUUAACCUGACUUCUGAGCAGGAAGGUCCAGCCCCGGGGAUGUCGCAGCUCGGGCCGCCCAGCCGCCGCGUCCACCUGGUCUUCCUGGGGGUCAUCCUAGUGGUGGCUGUGGCCGGCAACGCCUUGGUGCUGUGCCGUUUGUGCGGCGGCCGCGGUGGGCUCUGGGCGGGGCCCAAGCGUCGCAAAAUGGACUUCCUGCUGGUGCAGCUGGCCCUGGCAGACCUGUACGCGUGUGGGGGCAAGACGCUCACGCAGCUGGCCUGGGAACUGCAGGGCGAGUCGCGCCCAGCCGCGGGGGACGCAGCGUGCCGCUUCGUACAGCUGCUGCAAGCGUCCGGCCGCGGCGCCUCGGCCCACCUAGUGGCACUCAUCGCCCUCGAACGCCAGCGCGCCGUCCGCCGUCCGCAGGGCCAGCCGCUGCCCACUCGCUCCCUCGCCGUCCUGAGCUGGCUGCUGGCGCUACUACUCGCGCUGCCCCCGGCAUUUGUGGUGCACGGGGGCGCCCCCUUGCCGCCACGGUCGCACCUGCCAGCCUCCCGUAGCUGGCCAGGGGAGCGUCGCUGCCGCAGCAUCUUCGCACACGUGCCGCGCUGGCACUUGCAGGUCUACACCCUCUACGAGACCGUCGCGGGCUUUGGGGCGCCCGUCGUGGUCAUGGGCGUCGCCUGCAGUCACCUGCUCUGCGCCUGGUGGCAGCGCCGGCCCCGCGCCCCGGCGGCCACAGUGCCUUGGUCCGCGAGCCCGGGCCGAGCCUCCGUGCCCUACGCACUGCCCCGUGCAAGGGUGCAGAGCCUGAAGAUGAGCCUAGUGCUGGCGAUGCUAUUCGUGGGCUGCGAAGUGCCCUACUUUGCCGCCCGGCUGGCAACCGCAUGGUCGUGGCGCCCCUCAGGCGACGCGGAAGGCGACGGCCUGGAAGCGGCGUUGCACGUCGUUGAAGUGGCCAACAACGCGCUCAAUCCCUUCGUCUACCUCUUUUUCCAGGCUGGCAACGGCCGGAUUUUGAGGAAGCGCCUAUGCACUGCCUGCUGCGCACAAGGGGGAGUCUCGGAGGGCGACGAUGAGGUGACCCAUGGCCACCAGGCGCUCCAUCGCCACCGCUGGCCUCACCCUCACUAUCACCACGCUCGGCGGGAGCAGCUGGAAGAGGGCUGCACGCGCCCACCUCCGCCGCGCCCCCGGCCGCUGCCCUGCUCCUGCGAAAGCGUCUUUUAG